UUUUCAGGUCCCCUCUCCAUAAUGGGAAAUCGCAAAUCGUUUUUAGAAGGGGGGCUGGGGGGCAUUUCAAGUGAUAUAAAGGUGCCUCAAGAAUUCAUCACAGAAGGAAAACUUGGAAGAAGCUUGGUUUAAAACUGAUCAUAGCUCAGUUAUAAACUUGUAUCUUCCCACUUAAAAUACAAACACUUUUCAUUUGAUGAUCACUACUACUUGAGCUUGUAGACACAAACAAACAUGAAUGUGCACUGGUUCUGAAAAAUAACAACUGUUCUCUGGUGUGGAGGAAGAAAAGCCUGAACCGUUUGGAUGGUUUCCUUUUUUCUUGAUGUGGCUGCCACCUCUCACUGAGUUGCCUCUGUUGGUGCAAACCAUUUCAAAACACCUGAAAUUAAGAAAGCAAGAAAAGACAGCAAAAUACUUGUAAGUGAAUUGUGGGGUUUUACUUUUAGGUUUUAACCUGUUCUUCUAUCUAGUGCAAAACCAGCUCUGUUGGCAUGUUUUUAAUUAUGCUUGGAAAUUGGACCAUGAAUGGCAUUGCUGUGGUUCUGUACGAGGUGUAUAGCAGUUUUAAAUUCUACGUGUUUUUAUUUCUAUUUGAAGUUGAUAGACAUAAAAAUAUAAGCCUAUUGAUUAUAAUUUUUAAUUAUUAAAGCAAACUGUUUUAUCAGCUUGAAGGAAGAGGAUAGUUAUAAUCCAGAUGAUGGCUGACACAGCUGAAGAAGGUGGUGGCUCAGAUUUUUCUCAAAUCUGAGCAGAUACAAACCUAUAUUUGACUAUUCAAACAUAAAUGUAUAAAUUUUAAAAGGAAUAAUUUUCCGAAAGUAUAUUGCUCACUCCACAAUUAAUGUCACAUUUUUUUACUGUCAGAGGUCUGCUGUGAUCUUUGCUGCUUUUUUUAAGGAUUUCGGAAACAAUGUUUACAUUUCAAAUCAGAUGUGAUUAUUUCUUAUUAUAUGGACUUGGAUUUUUUUAAAUGUCAUUUUUCCUCUGUGUAGCUAAUCUCAUGGAUGAACAACAGAUAUUGGUAAAGGGAGCAAGAUAUGUUACAUUUUAAAUGGUAUCUUACACUACGAAAUAUCUGUGCUACUUUAAAGACAAGCUGAAAUUGGGAACCUAAGUUCUCAAAAAAGUUACUUUGAUACAGUUGCAUUCAACUGCAUGAUACUUCCAAAAUGCCAGAUGCUUGAUUUUAGUAAAAUUCUCGCAUCUGAGCACACAACUGGUGCUUUACUCCUUGCAAGGGGAAGAGCCGCCUGGCUCUUGCCAGUUGAUUAAAUAAGCACAUACGGAGACUUCAAAAAUCUGUGACUUAAUUUCAGUUUGCACUCUGGGUUGAAGCAGGCGGAACAGAUUUAUACAGGUAUAAAAUUGGGAGCGCUUCUUAGCUGGCAUCACAUUAAAUGAAAAAAUAAAUUAAAAAGACCCGAAACAUACUGCUUUUUUCUUCUGAGAGGAAGAAAUCCUCAGCCAGCAUUCACACAUUCAGAUACGUGGCAAUUUGGCAACUGAAUUGACCUGGAGAUUUAUAACACUGACAAGGGCUGAGGCUGAUUUAAUAUAUUUUUACAUUCUUCUAACACUAUGCAUAAGGGAGAAAAUAGAAUGCUAUUUAAAAUAUACAUGUUAUUUGGGGUAUUGCAGUAUUGUACAAUACACAAGGUAAGUUAGUAGUAAACCUGGUGUUCAUGGAAACAAGUAGAAGUAUGUCUGUUUGCACCUCUUUAACACACUCAUAUUCAUCACUCCUUAUUUCAUAUUGUUUAUGAAUCUUUAUUGAGUAGGUAGCACCAGUUUCUCUGGAAAAUCCACCACUCUGACUCUCCGGGGUUAAAAUGGGUUUCACCCACUUGAUUAUCCCGAGUAUUGCGGAAAACAAAUGUGGUUGUUAUUGCAACAGUUAUUACUCAGAUGAGCCUGUUUGUGGGCAAAUCAAAGGUACCAGGGAGUCAUGAAGGAAGGAGCUAAGGACACUCCACCUGGGUGUUUAAAAACAAACAAACUAAAUAAAAAUAAACCACCCAAGACUCCAUCUCCUCUGCCUUAGUAGCUGGUGCCACAAAUACUUCAGCAUGUGAGCACCCUCAUGGGCGUGAUGAAUCUACUGGAAGAUGCACACGAUCCAGGGAAGCCUGCAGAUACUCACAGGGGUACAACUAUUUGGCACCUGACUGUGACUUCCAUUGAAGUGUCAGCUGCCCGUGGGUCAGGAUACAAUGAGUGACCACAGCGUUGUUUCACAGACGUCACAUCUGUACGGUACAAAGAUGUAUUACAUCGCUUUGCUGCAUGUCACGUCUGAAGUCCUCUUGAUACCUCAGCCGGAACCUUUUGUACUUUUCUGUUUCCAUUUUACAGUUCCCAUGGAAAAAAAAAAAUAGAGCGUACCCAAAAUAAGAACUUGUGUGUUGUAGUCAGAUGUGGAAUUGUUUGCCAAGGGGCUCUUUCUGUUGACGCAAAAGAACCAGAAAUUCUCUUUUGCGUGACCUAAGUGGUGCUGGGAGGCUGAAGUGGGGCUGUUGACUCUAUCCCACGUGCCUUGUAGGUGGCCAUGGCUAUUGAAGAAGGUAUUCAGUUUCUGAAUAUCAUUGUUUUAAAUAUAUUUGUCACCUAAAGGAGUGCUUUUUGUUUGUGAUUUGUAGGGUGCUUUUUUGUUUGAUUUUAAUUAAUUCCCCAUAACUUCUGAUUUAAAGUACUUUCAUGGCUGGAUGAUUGCUGUCUGUCACACUCUAGGAGAGCUUCUAAAUGCACAGUUGUCAUCCUAAGCAUGAGGCAGCUAGACAGUGCUUUUGAUUUAAGAUCCCAAAUAUAACAAUUGCUUCUAUCAAAGCAAAAUUUCUGUGUGUGCUUUGUCUUCAAAUGCCACACCCUUUCAUCAUGUUCCUCAAAAUUUGCUACUGCCUACAAGUUAUGCUCGUAGAAGUUGAAUUCUGGUAACGAAUGCAGAUUGGGCUGAGCAGUGAGUCGAUUGGCACCUGAUGUUUGUAUUUUUAUAUAAUAUGAGAAUUAAAAUGGUGUAGCUGUUUUCAUUUCUGUUCUCUGAUAAAUGUGCGUCCUUUCAUUCCCACAAAUCUGAAAGCUGCUGGUGCAUUUAAAAGACCGGAGGAAAUGCAGCUGGAUGACUUACUUCAAACUUGUGGUUUGAAUUACUUCAGUAGGUUUAUAUCUUAAAACUGCUUCGCUGUUGGAGUUAAACUUUGGUUUUUUGAAAGUAAUGUUAAAGCAUAUGGAAGAAUGGUUUUGAAGAUUACUGAUUCAACCCACUUCAGAAUUAGCAGUGCUGAGAUUGCAUAUUACUUCCCUAGACUUCGGUUUGUCCUUUUGCAUUUCAUAUUCCCUUGUCAGUAUUAACAUGCCGAUGCUGGAUGUGGUUAUUCAUCAGAAUUUUCCUGCGGAAGCUGUCCAAAUAAUUUUCUGCAAAAUCACUACUUUGAACUCCCUUUGGUUUAACAAACAAUCCAGUGAAGUAGCCAGUCUUCACAAUUGCACCAUCCUGCAUCACCCGUAAAGCAGUCCUGACGAGGAGUGCGGGGAAGGCAGACCUGCUGCUGUUUCUGAUGCAGACAUCGAUGAAAUUCUGUGGAAACUCUUCAGCUUUCACUACAGCUCUUCUUUUGGACAAAGGGCUGGUUUUGGUUUUGGUUGCUCCCCUGUCCAUAGGUUUGUUCCUACCAGCCAGCUGAGAUCUCCCACCCUUUGAAGACCAAUUUACUUUCUGGUGGGUGUCAGAGUAUUGGUUUCAAAAAGGCAUUUUGUUCUUGUGUAUAUAUACAUUUACUAUUAAAAAAGGCAGUUCAUUAUUGACAGUUGCUUGGAAGACAGUGUGAGGCAGCUCCACGACAGACAUCACAAGGACCACCGCCGGACUUCUGCAAGGAAACGGGGACACGUGAGCCCAUUCCCACCAGCCGACCCCCACGGGUAUGUGAUGGCAGAGCCCCACCAUAGCCAUCCAAUCUCAAGGUGAACGACGUGUGAGCUGCCUUCAGAUGGCUUCAGUUGGCCACAGGUAAGCCUGUCCCUCAGUUGUGGGGCAAGGAAGGACGCAAGCAAGCAGGUAGCAACCUGUUUUCCUGCCACUGGAAAUUUCAUAUAGAUAUUUGUACAUCAGCCUUCUCAGCCCCAGCUGCCCCUGAUCCAACCUGUGGUCGUGGAGGCAGCAUGCAGAGUCCUGUCCUCAGCAGCUGACAGAGCUAAAAUCUUCACCACAGGUCCCUAGUGCCCAGCUUUAGCCUCCUACAAACUAUGUGUUGAACGGCUGAGGGAGCUGGGUCUCUUCAGCUUGGAGGAAACUGAGGGGUGACCUCAUUAAUGUUUACAAAUAUAUAAAGGGUGAGUGUCACAAGGAUGGAGCCAGGCUCUUCUCGGUGACAACCAAUGAUAAGACAAGGGGCAAUGGAUACAAACUGGGACACAGGAGGUUCCACUUAAAUAUGAGAAGAAACUUCUUCUGAGUGAGGGUGACAGAGCACUGGAACAGGCUGCCCAGGGGGGUUGUGGAGUCUCCUUCUCUGGAGACAUUCAAAACCCACCUGGACACGUUCCUAUGUAACCUCAUCUAGGUGUUCCUGCUCUGACAGGGAGAUUGGACCAGAUGAUCUUUUGAGGUCCCUUCCAAUACCUAAAAUUCUGUGAUUCUGUGAUGUGUUGAUCGUUUUUCACUUCUGACGGAUCCAGAGAGACUUGGAGUCCUGACUGUGUCAUCUAUGCAAGGCUUCAGAAGCCAUGAGAUUAUCUGGUAAAUGUUAAACACCGUUCUGAGUUAAAAUACAGUCUCAGCAUCUCCUCUGGCCAUGGGUGAUGUAGGGGCUGGAUGCACACAGGAGGACUAACUCUCAAGGUUACUGUGUUACCUGGUGAGCUGCUGCCUUCAUUUUCAGCUGACAGUGCUUUGUGUAUGGGUGACAGCAGGGAACUGAACCGAGUACUGAACGCAGGGAGACUCGACACCAGCUGUUCAAAAGGUAAGGUGGAAAGUCACAGCCCAUCUAAACUGGGAAAGCGGGGCUGGAACCUUCCUCAGGAAGGUGGCAGCAGGUGGCAGGCACCUGGUCUAUCUGACUAAAACAAACCCCACCACAAGCACUGGCAGCAAAGCCUGACUCAUGGGAAUGGAUGAACUGAGCCAAGGACUGACCAAGAUGUGUUGUUUUUAGCAUAAAAACCUAUUGCAUGUUUGAGUAAAAAUGGUAGAAUAAAAAAUCCCAGGCAUGUAGCAGCAUACGUUUUCUGAAACCCUUUGGCAUUAAGAAUGACUACUACAGAGCAAGCCUGAGAGUGGCAUGGCAGCGCCACUGGUACAGCCAAGGACAAUAUUUGCAUCCAUUUAUAUUCGUGUCACAGUGUGGGUUCUUAAUAGCCUUCCUGCCAAACCUUUCUUAAUAGCCCAUUUGGAGAACCUAUGGAUCAACCUUAUUUUUGAAAGUUUGAUGUCGUACUCCGCAGUGGAUAAGUGAUUGAAAAAGGUGGCCAGAGGAAAGUACUGUUUCCCAUAUUUAUUUUCCUAUUAUUUGUGUACCUCCUUGUCUGCUGUAUCGUCAAGUCCAACUAUCGGUUCUGAAACUGUCACAUUUUGUUCUACCUAAUUGCCUAUGAUAAAGACUGUGGAAUAAAAAUGUAACUAUUGUUUAUGGUAGCUUGGCACCAAAAAGCUUGUUCUAUUGCGUUGCUGUGGUAGAUAAUAACCAAACUUUAUUUGCAAACUAAAUGUAUAUUCUUGGACUGACUGCUUUUCUACAGACCAGCUUUGAAGAGGGCACUUCCUUCAGGGACCUUUCAAAGGCUGAUACCUUCCUCUUGAAAGCAAUUCCUGCCUAAAACAUCUUGACAGCUCUUAUUUUGCUUACCUAUUGUCUCCAAAUAACAAUGAAUGACUUGGAGGAUGGGUCUGUCUCUGCUGUGCAGAUGCUGGAUUUGGGGCUGGCCAGAGCAGAGUGCUUGCCCUGCAUCCCCAAAAAGUCCUGUUGAGGCAGGAUAAGGCUCAACCAACUCCUAUUAUUUCCCUUCUCAGUUAAUAAGGUGAAAAGAGCAGCUGCUUCCUCACCUUCACAUCUUUAAUUUCUUUAACUUCGGGUCUGACUCUGCAUGUAUACAUAGAGACCUUACAGAUUUUGGCAUAUGGGGUACUGAGCGUGACUUCACAUGGCCUCUACUGGACCCUGGGACUUAACCAAGCUGGCAGUGAGAAUUAGGAAGCACAAACUAUUUUCAGGUCCUAGUACAAAUCAUGAUUUUAUUCUUCUGGGUUUAUGUGCAGGGUCGCUACCCCAUCCUGUGUGGGAGAUGUUGGUUUAGAGAGGAGCAGGCAGGUGGGAGGACUGCAACACGCCCUUGAGUUACAUUGCUGUCCCCCCACUCGCCUGCCCUCCUCUAGAGAUUGCACCUUGCACAGCACCCGAUAUUAAUCCAGACUAACCCUUCCCGCAGCAAAUCUCCCCGGCCAGAUAAUCCCGUUGCAAUCUGGCCCUUCCACCCCCGGAGGGGCUCGAAUUAGGUCAGCCGCGUUUAUAUUUGUAUUUUAUUUAUUUAUCUACUUUUUUUUUCCCCCUGGUUACACGCACACCCGCCCGCCCGUGGGGAGGAGGCGGGCAGGGAGGCGGGGAGCAGCGGGGGAGCUUUACCCGAUGGCAGCGGCUGCCCGGCGGCGGAUGUCAGCGGCAACGGGGCGAUGGCGCGGAGCCGGGCGAUUUACGAAUACACGGAGGCGGAGGACAAGAGCAUGCGGCUGGGUUUCCUCCUCAUCGCCGCCGGCUUGCUUUCCCUGCUGGGUUUGGGUUGCUGUUGGCUGCGCCCGGCGCUGCAGGAGCGGGGAGGCGGCGGUUCGGCUAACUGCACGGUGCUGGCGGUGCGGCAGCUCGGGGAGCGCUUCUCCUGCACCUUCUCCUGCGGGGCCGCCUGCCGCGGGACCGCCCGCUACCCCUGCCUGCAGGUCCUGGUCCGCACCUCCCGCUCCUCCGCCCCUGCUCUGCUCCAUGAGGACGAGCGGCAGCUCCGCACCAACCCCAAGUGUUCGUACAUACCUCCCUGUGCAAGAGACGAUCAGGAGAACUCUGAGAACGUCACAUACAAGCAGAAAUACUGGAAAGAGAAAGUGGGUUCGCAAUCAUUUACAUGCUAUUUUAAUGAGCACUUGAGACCAGAUGACGUGAUGCUGAAGCGCACCCAUGACGAGACUGUCCUCUUGCACUGCUUCCUCUGGCCUGUGGUUACAUUCCUGGUUGGAGUCCUCAUUGUGGUCCUGACCAUCUGCGCCAAGAGCUUGGCCGUCAGGGCAGAGGCAAUAAAAAAGAAGAAGCAUUUGUAAACCGCAAAGCUGCUGAUGGGAAAAAAGUUGCAAGAAGGUGUCAUGUGGGGCAACUCGACACACUUCAGGUCUGCAGGGCACCCAGCUGCACCUCCUUCCACUGCCUCAUCUGAUGAUGGAGUUGCUUUUGCCUCAGGAUUAUUCUUGGGAGACUGCCCUGUGAAAUGUCAGCUAAUCGCUUCUUCUGCUAUGACAGUAAAUAAGUAUAUUCUACCAAAAAAAAAAUCUACGCUGCACCAAAUAUGCUGUGCGCUGUUAGUCCUGAACAGCAGCUACCCAGGUCCUAGCGGUAUUGAGAGCCAGUUUAUAAAACACCCUGGUGUUGCUCAUUUCAUCUCCGCGAAGUCAUCUUUACUACUGUUUAAUAUUAAAUAUUUAAAAUAUUUAAUUUAUGAUAGACUGUAUUUCCAAAAUAAUACAGUUUGAUUGUUUGGGGUUUUUUAAAACUUUUUUUUUCCUUAAAAAAAAAAAAAAAGCUUUAAGACAAAAAUAACACUGUGCUGAUUUUGUUCUUUUUUUUUUUCCACUGUGUAGAACUUCAUUUUAGAAUUCAAACUUUAACCUCUGUCUAGGUGAAAUCUUUCAUCAUGACCUGUUUAUUGUGAAGAAAUGUAGAAACCUCUCAGAAAUAUUUCUUCAAAAAAUGAAGCAAUUAUUGGAAAAGGUGAUUAAACAGUGGACCUAA